AACCGCGGGCUCUGCUGCUGCUUCUGUCCGCCUACUGGUCUCCUUCAGCCGGGGAAACCCUGCAGCGCGAGUCCAGCACCGAUCCGCGCCCCCCCCCGUUAAUUCAUUUGUUUCCUGGCGCUUCAUUUAUGGACCACAGAAGCUGCGAGUGACUGCUUGUAAUUUCCGUUCACGCCGCUGAAGAUGGAGACAGUGAUGGAGAGGGAGUGCAGCGCGCUGGGGGGGCUUUUCCAGACUGUCAUCGGAGACAUGAAGGGCAGCUACCCGGUCUGGGACGACUUCAUCAGCAAGGCCAGCAAGCUACAAUCACAGCUCAGGACCACCGUCGUCGCGGUAGCAGCCUUCCUGGACGCCUUCCAGAAGGUGGCCGACCUUGCAACCAACAGCCGAGGAGGGACCAGGGACAUCGGUUCAGCUCUCACCAGGAUGUGCAUGAGGCACCGCAGCAUCGAGGCCAAACUCCGCCAGUUCUCCAUGGUGUUUCUGGACUGUCUGAUCAAUCCUCUACAGGAGCAGAUGGAGGAGUGGAAGAGAGUCGCCAACACUCUGGACAAAGACCACGCCAAAGAGUACAAGAAGGCCCGUCAGGAGAUCAAGAAGAGGUCUUCAGACACUCUGAAGCUGCAGAAGAAAGCAAAGAAAGCUGAUGUAUUCGGCCGCGGGGACCUCCAGCCUCAGCUGGACAGCGCCAUGCAGGACGUCAGCGAUAAAUACCUGCUGCUGGAGGAGACGGAGAAGCAGGCGGUGAGGAAGGCGCUGGUGGAGGAGAGGAGUCGCUUCUGCUGCUUCGUCUCCAUGCUGAGGCCCGUCGUGGAGGAGGAGAUGUCCAUGCUGGGGGAGAUCACUCACCUCCAGACUCUGACCGACGACCUGAAGACAUUAACGAUGGACCCACACAAGCUGCCGGCCUCCAGCGAGCAGGUAAUCGUAGACCUAAAGGGCUCCGAGUGCACCUGGUCCUACCAAACUCCACCCUCGUCACCGAGCACCACCGUGUCCAGGAAGUCAAGCAUGUGCAGCAGUCUGAACAGCGUGAACAGCAGCGACUCUCGCUCCAGCGGCUCACACUGCCACUCCCCAACCUCCCAUUUCCGUUACCGUGCCUCCUCCUCCUCCUCCUCCUCGGUGCUCCCCCAGCAGACGCCGGCCCGCCUCUCCUCAGUCUCCUCCCACGACUCCGGCUUCAUCUCCCAGGACGCCUUCCAGUCCAAAUCCCCGUCACCCAUGCCUCCGGAAACCUCACAGUUGUCAAAUGGUUUUGACCAUCACGCUGCCCUCUGUCUGCACGGAGUGGCACUGCAGGCCCAGGACACCCACCUCCACCCUCCAUACUUCACCUCCACCUCUCCCAUGUCCUCGCCCUCCUAUUCGUCUGUUUCUCCCACGUGGCCGUGGUCCCAUUCAGGCUCCGGCCAAUCGGGGGAGCUCCUGCCUCUCGGCCCCUCAGGGCUCGGAAUGAUCCUAUCGUCCAGAGUCCCGUCCUGGAAGGACUGGGCCAAACCGGGACCUUACGACCAAUCAGUGGUCAACACCCUGAAGAGGAGCAAGGACAGGAGAGAGACUACAGAUCCCAGCAGCCACCAGGGCGCUGAAGUCACCGCACCAGGGGAGGAACCGCAAGGGGUUAAAGGAAGCCACGCUGUGACAUCACACAAGCAGGAGGACAGGGAGGCCCAUGAGGAGUUGGCCCGAGCACUGGCCCGAGGCCUCCAGCUGGACAUCCACGGCUCCAGCAGAGACUCGCUGCAGGGCUCCAGCGGCUACAGCAGCCAGACCAACACCCCCUGCUGCUCAGAGGACACCAUCCCCUCACAAGUGUCGGACUGUGACUACUACUCCAUCGGGGCCGACCAGGAAGGUGAAUCGCAGCCGUCGUCAGACUUUGAUAAAUCCUCCACCAUCCCCAGAAACAGUGACAUCAGUCAGUCCUACCGCCGCAUGUUCCAGUCCAAACGCCCUGCCUCCACUGCUGGGCUGCCCUCCAACCCCUCCGCUGUAAUCACCCCGGGGGUCGCCACCAUCCGACGGACCCCAUCCUCCAAACCCAACCUGCGACGGCCCUCUGGGGGUCUCAACUUGGGCCCUAUUCCCAUAAAGCCCCCCAUGAUCCCAGUCAAGACCCCUACUGUGCCUGAACAUCCCGGUUUCCCCAGCAGGGCGGCAUCAGAGGACGGCCACACAGCACGGACCCCGCUCAGCCCCCCGACCACCCCUUUGUCGCCUGGCAGCAGUGGGCCGUUAUCACCAAGGUCCGGCACCUGGGAGACCCAGCACCUGGGUGAGGGGUCCGAUCCUCCCACCCCACCACCGCAGCCCAGCGGUCGGGUGUCAGAGUGGGAGCGCAGGCCUCUCCCCGAACUCCUGGAGGAGACGGAGUACAGCGAGGUGGAGGACUUCCUGGUGGCUAUCCGACGAGGCGUCAGGCUCAAGAGAGUGACGACCAACGACCGAUCAGCACCAAUUAUUCACUGAGAGGAGAAGGGCCGGUGUGACUUGAGCCAUUUUGCGUCCCCGGCUGAAAUUAAGCAAAUUGGGCCGCAAAAUGGUUGUUACUAAGUAAACACAAAUGGGAGCUAUGACAUCAAAUGCACGCCGAGGAUAGAAGGAAGUUGCCCGGCAACUCUGAUCAAGGAUCAGUUUUGAAAUACUUGAGCACAGGGCUGAGAGUUCAUUACAGAAAUGCCAAAAUUAGUUUUAAAAAGGUAAGAAACUUGGCUGCGUCACCUUCUGGCCAAAGAAAGGUGAGGGAUGACGGCGCCUCAGGCGUUUUUGGGAUGAGCUAAACUGGAUGUGAGGAGUGACUCGGGCAUCACAGCGUGUACGUACAUCAUCUGAAAAUCUCUUUUCUAAACUCAUGCAAUCUGAAGGGAGUCAAGCUAACGUGGCUAAAAGGUCGACGUGUCUUGCUUGAAACCUGCUGAAGGAUGAUCAGAAUCUCGCCUGGUUGAGUUUUGCCACUUGACACAUUUUAUUUUUUGGGAAACUGACUGAAGCACUUCAUCCUCCCAGAAAAGAAACCUGCAGCCUCUCGCAGCUUCUAAACUGUCAGUAUUCCACUUGACUGACUCCAGUUAAGUUCCCUCUGAGGGGACGGCUGGUGAACGCUGAUGCUGAUCUGAGAUCAUUUCCCCUGGGCAACUUCUGGCUAGAAGAGAAACGGCGUGGAAGGACGUCCUUGUCGAACAUGAGUGAGUUGCACAAGGUCCUUCUUGUAGCAUCAAUGAAUCAUUGCGUAAAUGUUAAAGCGUGUAGUAUUGGAAAUAAGAGACAGCAGAUGACGUAGGGAUAAGUCAAGAAGAGAUAAUGGUGAGCUGGAAGGAGUGAAGGAGUAUUUUCAAAAGAUCAAAUCAUUAUUUCUAUGUACAUAUUUAUAUUUUGAUGUGUUUGAACAUUUUGUUCGUCAUACGAUCCUUUUCCAUCCCCGUAGUCUCCCAUUUCCACUAAAGGUGCCAAAAAGCCUGUGUGCUGAAUUUAACUUAAAUAUUCUUUAUUUAACUGAAAUAAUGCUGGAUUUCUUCUUCUGUAAAAACAUAGAUGGGAUGUUUGAUAGAGAAAUAAGACCGACUGAAAGAAAAAUGGAGCUUCUACACAAACUGACGGAGUAUUUGUAUACGUAGCGUAGCAUAUUGAAGAGUGCUGUGUAAUCAUUCAAACAGUUAUUAAUACCGCAUACAGUAGAUUGACCUGCAUGUUCUGAAAGUUUGCCCCAGUAUAAACAAUCAUUUUGGCUUUUAAAUUAGAUUUAUGAGACAGUUAAGUCCAUAACGUCUCAGUAACAGCGUCAACAGUAGCGGACCAGGACCUGCGGACGCCAACAGCUUGCUAGAUUAAAGGGCUGGUGGGUAGGACUGCAACCAGCUGAACACCCCUCACCUCGCGCUCCGCUUCCAAGCAUGUAGGAGAAGCUACAGUGGCUACUAAAAACACGACAGGCUCUGUCGAGUCAGUGUUUGGUUUGUCUGUUCUGGGCUACUGUAGAAACAUGGCGGUGCAACAUGGUGGACUACGUGGAAGAGGACCCGCUCCCUCUGUAGAUAUGAAGAGCUCAUUCUAAGUUAAGGUAAACAAUUAUCUUAAUCUUUUUUCAGGUGAUUCUACACUAAUGAUCAUCUUUUUGAACAUAAUAUCCCAUUUCUGCCCAUAGACCCCCCUCAGUCCUGCACACUGGUCCUUCAGUCUGCUGUCAGCUAAACAAAACGAUGUCCCAUCUUUGAUUCUUUAACUGAAAAUCAAAGAUAUAUAAAGUUAGAACUUGUCACGUGCUCCUGCAGACAGACCUGAUCUGGGACUGUUGGCCUCCAGGUUCAGGUCCCGCUGACGCUGUUUAAUGUGAGCAUGUUGCUAAUCUACGAACUGUAUAGCAACUGUACACCGUGUGUGUUAGCAUACACCUCCAAGUCCAUGCUAGUCAUAGAGGUCGUCCCUGCAGGUUCCGUGUUACUACUUAGCCGUAGUCAUUGGAGUAAUGUGGAUUCGUGUUGGUCUGUUGUCGUGAAGCCAGUGUGCUGAUGGUCGGUUGUGGACGAGUCAGAGCUUCGGUGUUGGGACAGUGUGCUGCCGUUACCUGAACUGCUUUAUUUAAACGUAUUACAGCUUUGCUGCCUUUAUUACAUGACAGUAACCUGAAAAUCUUAAGGUUUUGGACAAAUUUGGAUUUUUAUGAGAUUUUCUAGACCAAGCCAUUGAGAAAAAUAAAUGGCAGAUUAAUCAUCAAUGAGAAUUUUUAGCAUUAGCGCCACCAUAAUGAAAAUCCAGGGACUGCUAGUUCACUGUCCCAAUACAUAAAUGGAAAAUGGCCCAAAGUUACCACGGUAGGUGUACAUGUGGAAAGAGAACGGGUAUAUACGGUAAACUGGUCUGGAGUUUAGCUUGUUUUAGUCCUGAACUGUCUGUGCUUACUAGCCAUCGAACACCACGCGUUUUUCAGGUGGUUUAACGCUCUCUCUGGCAGCCAUGUUGGAGGUCUUUAGCUCUUUAGCACGUGCAGUUUGUCUCAGAAUUCAGAGAACAUGUCACAAUUUUCAUGUUUGAUGUCAUAUUGGUGCUAGCUAGCUAAUUGUUGGGUAAUUACCGUUAUAAUUAGGACACUAGCUAAUGUACAGCCCUUAGAAGCUAGCAUUGUAGCACAGGAACAAAUCUAAAUGAGCAGACUUUUCAGUUUGUUCGAGAAUGACACUUUACAACAACAUAUAUUAACAUUGGCAAGUUUCAAGUUGGAUGCUUUCAUAUUUUGCUAGCUAGCUAAUUGUUAGCGACACAUCAGUAGUGUGAUGAAAUUCAUCCAAUUUUUACACUAGCUAAUGUGCAGUUAUUAGCACAAGCUAGCACUGUAGCAUAAGAACAAUCAUCAGAUUUCUUAGUUUGUUUAAUAAUGUUACCGAACGUUUCCACACACACGUGGCACCGAAGUUUUUCAGCCAACGUUGUGCUAAAUCUCGGCUACAUAGACCUCCAUCAUGGCGCCAGAUGAGGCUGAUAGAUUUGUGACCCGGCUGAAAAUCCUGUGUUAGCUGUGGUUAAACAGACGGUUACAGUCCCUGCUGUGCACCGAUAUUCAUGUACAACUACAACAAAUAUAUAAACCUGUAAUAGCUUGUAAUUACUAAAUGUCGAAUAGCCCGAUGAGCUAAAAAUCUAACUUGUGUUAGCGGGUAAUUAGCGUAACAAGCUGAAAUAGACAAAACUUCCCUGUUGCUACUAAAUCCUUUAAUAGAGUGCCAUUAUAAAUCAGAUUGUUUAUGUAGCCUAUUUAUUCAUUUUAAUGUUUUCAUCCAUUUUAUUUGUGGCUUCACACAUCUAAACUCCCAGCUGUCCCGUUGAACAUAUAAAACAUAUUAACAGAUAUUUAAUAUGCAUGUUGUCUUUUUUUUAAUUGAACAAAAGGUUUAAUGGUCGACUUUUUUCUACCGGAGCUUUCAUUUCCCCUCAGUCUGUCUGCCUCUGCUGGAGCAGAAAGCAUUUUUGACGCCACCCGUCAUGUUUCACAUUCUGUGCGACGCCCCGUUUGAUGACCGACGCCUGUCUGUUUCUGUCUGGUUUCGCUCAGCUCAUCUUCCAGCGCAGGUCAAUGAAUACAAUCGUGUAGCUGAUGCGAUAACAAGCGUAUGAAGCCGAAUGUCCGAGCCUGUGAGGACUCAGUAACUGUGUAUGUUAUCAAGAUUGGAGUGACAGCACACGCUGAGGAGUCGAGGAGUGAUCGGGAAACACAUCCGUUAGUAACAGGACACCAGUCAGGCUAAAAGAAAUCACCUGUCCAGUCCUCAGUGUGUGUGGAGGUCUGUGUCCCGCUUUUUAACGUCUUUAGCUUUUAUUUGAGACAAGUUGCCAAAUUUCCAUGAUACCCUGGGUUCCUCUCUGUUAUUGCGUUUUAUUCUCAUUGAGGUUUUUCUGAAAUUAUUAUUAUUAAGGUAAAUGUGACCAAUCUGGGUGAAACUGUCACUCGCUGCAGCUACUGCCACUCCACGUAAAACAGAUCCACAUUAGACGUGCUCUUUUUGUUUGGAAUAAAUAAAGGAAGCCCUGAUCCUGGACUCAUAGUAUGAUCCUGGAUGACCACGCCAUGGAAAUUGGACAUUUCAGUCACGCAGCAGCACUGAAAAUGUUUGACAAACACUGAAGGGCAAUUAAUUAAACAUGAUUUAAUAUGAGCGAGAGGGGCUUCAUUUUGGUUCGUAUUGACUUUGAAAGGCAGAGAACUUUCAUGGUUGCAGUAAAUAAUGCUGCCAGCCAGAUUGUAUUUUUAACUUCCUGACUGAAAUAUCCAGUUUCCAAGAGACAGUCAUCCACUACCAUCAUACUGCAUGGGAUGGUGGUACAGUUCUGGAUCAGGGCUGGAACUAAGGCUUUUAUUUUGUAAAUUUCAUAACCUACUUUUCCCACAGCUGAGCCAGGACAAACGUUAAACCUGAGAGCCACAGAGAGUUCGAGGUAUGGCAGCAAAAAUCAAUAGCCAGCCUGAACUUGCCCCAUUUAGCAGAAGGGAUUGAGGGAAAUCAUUUGACAAUAAGAGGAAGUACAAGAUUAAUGCCCCAAAGAACCAAAAAUGUUCCCAAUUAAAUAUGUGCACAUGAUGCUCUUUAGAGUUCAGUUAAUUUCUAUUCUGAAGUGUAUAAUGUUUUUUCAUGCGUGUGGCCAAAAGGUUGGAAAAUUACAGUCAUCACCAGGGAAACAUGGAUGAAUGACUGAUGAAUGCUUUUUGAAGGACGUUCUCAAAAAUGCAUCAUUAUUUAUUAAUGGAAUAAAAAGUAGCUGACGAUAAUAAUAAUAAUAAAAAAAAAAUGAGUAAAACCUGUUAAUCUGAGCCUUGUUCCUGAUUUUUGGGGCUUGGGUAAUACUGAUAUUAAGAAAAAAAAAUCAUUCGGACCAUGUCAACAGUUAAAAUUUGGAAAUCAUUACUAUUAAUUAACAUUAAUGACAUGACUUAUGAAUGACUUUUUGUAAUUUUUACCGGAUCUACUAAUAAAGUUUCCUUUGUUUUACUUGAUUUUUAUCAGAACAGCACAUGAAUGUAAAACUUGCGUCGACUCAGACACUGAAAUUUCCCACCAGCCUGGAACGCAUCAUAAGUUACGUUUGCCGGUGAAAGUGUUGUUAGCAGAAAACAGAGUAUCGAUUAAUCCAUUAACAGGUUUUACUACAUUUCUAAGUACAUGAGAGGGGUACUUUAAAAACUGAACUUCAUUACCCAGAAGGCAUCACACUUCUCUCCUGCUGAGCCACACACACCUGUCUGUGGCUCUACAAGUAACGGCAACCUGUUGUUUUUUUGUAUUAUUAUUUGUGGGCCGGCUGCUUUGUUUACCUCCGGCUCUUGAGAAUCCUGUACUUUAUGUUUAAUGUUCAGGUCUUGAAUACUAACUGUCUCCUAUUUUCUAUGUAUACCAGCUGUUUUUGGCUAAAUAAUAAAAUCGUAGCAUACGAUGUGC